AUGAGGGUUGAGAGCCAGCAGAGUGCCAUAGUGCUCUUGGAGCUGAUGGACAAGUACAAGCCGCACUUGAAGCCGUAUGCAUACCGGUUGCACAGCUGGGAGCGUGUGCUUGCUGAUUACAACAGCCGGCUGCAUACGAAGUACCGGCAGAUCAGGACCAUUAAGAACAAAUUUGAGCGGUUGAAGUAUAUGUAUCUGCAGGACAGGGGCAGCGAGCAGUUUAAGGGAUACAGCGAAGCGGAGCUGGUUCUGCUGGAGCGGUUGAUCUCUGAGUCAGAUGGUGUGUCUGUAAAAGAUCCCAUAGUGCGGGACAAUGGUAUGUCCCAGGGUGCUCUAGCGAGCGGCGGACGACCACCGGAGCCGGCAUUGGUGCCCCGUCUUCCGAUGCUCGGGGGCCAACUAUUGAAGCAGAGCACUAUAAACAACAUCAUCGAGCCCACACCUCCUCCCCUGGAUACGAUAAGUAUUGGGAUGCCUAAGAACGCUAAGAAGCCUUCUAUACAAGAUACGGGAUUGGCUGGCCAACCCACAAUGGAGGAUAGUACAGUGACGGCGGGCACUCCCCUUGACACUUCUAUAUUCGAUGGAGACACUAGGAUUCCAACUAGGAAAAACAGCUUGGACGUACAUACUAUCCAGGAUCUAGUCAGGAAGCUCUCGGAUCAGCAGAAGCAGGAGGACCAAUUGAUGAUUAUGAAAGAGGCAGAGCUGAGCAAAAAGUACAUGACACAGGCUGAUUUUCUAAGUUACAAGAAACAAAAUCGGGCCAUCCAGUUGCAAAUACUGAAUGUUAUAACUUCAUUGCUUGAGACUCCAACCAAGGAAUCAUGA